UCCAGGUCUGGAGCCAGCCGGGUACAUCCUCCUUGCAAGUAUUUCCUGACCAAAUUGCAUUUCAUAUUUCAGAUGGAUUGGCUAGAUAAAAAACUCCAUGCAAGACAAUUUUCUCCUGAUUUGGAGACCAUAUAUUAUUACUGUGGAUGAUUCUUUUAGGUCCAAGGAUUGCUAGUCGUACUAAUGACUUUUCUUCCGUUACAUACCCGGAGAUUUGUAUCCCAAGUAUACUGUAUACUUAACCCAAAAUCACGAAAAAAGCCUGUCUCAGUAGAAAUGGCUCGUCCGAGUUCCAACCUGGCUGAUUUUCGGGAAGUCUUUUCUAAAGCAAAGCACAUAGCCGUGAUAACAGGUGCCGGUGUCAGUGCAGAAAGUGGAGUGCCCACAUUCAGAGGUGCAGGGGGAUAUUGGAGGAAAUGGCAAGCACAACACUUGGCAACACCUGAGGCUUUUGCCAGAAAUCCUUCCAGAGUCUGGGAGUUUUAUCACUACCGCAGAGAAGUGAUGCUGUCAAAGAACCCAAAUCCAGCACAUAUUGCCAUUGCCGAAUGUGAAGCAAGACUUAGCAAGCAAGGGAGGAAGGUUGUUGUUAUUACACAGAAUAUUGAUGAGUUACACCGAAAAGCAGGCACACGGAACCUCUAUGAGAUUCAUGGCAGCUUAUUUAAGACACGAUGUAACACAUGUGGUAGUGUGCGAGAGAACUAUAAGAGCCCAGUUUGUCCAGCUCUUGAUGGCAAAGGUGCCCCUGAUCCAGACGUAGAAGAUGCAAAGAUCCCAGUAGAGAAUCUCCCACGGUGUGAAGAAAACGACUGCAGUGGACUCCUGCGGCCUAAUGUAGUAUGGUUUGGAGAGACAUUGGAUUCCAAUGUUCUAGGAGAAGUAGAGAAGGAACUUGAAAUCUGUGAUCUCUGUUUGGUGGUUGGAACCUCUUCUGUUGUUUACCCUGCUGCCAUGUUUGCCCCCCAAGUGGCUUCUAGAGGGGUUCCAGUUGCCGAGUUUAACAUGGAAAGUACACCAGCUACAACAAGUUUCGCAUUUCAUUUCCAGGGUCCUUGUGGAACAACUCUUCCUCCUGCACUUGCCCACCAUGAAACCGAACUUAUAUCUUGAACAGAAAUCUGCACAUGCCUCUGGAAGUCACAGAACAUGUCUUGGAUAAGUUUAUGCUAAUUAAGUUUAUGAGCCAGCUGAAUAAAGUGGAAGAGAAAAUAUGUUCAUGUGAACAGCAAGUGUAGUGGAUGUUGGAAGAUUGAUGUUGGCCAUGCGUUUUACUAUUGAAAUCAAUAUGCACUUUUUUUGCACCUGAUAUGCAUAAUUAACUAAUGAUUGAGUAUCCAAAGAAAGAGAAAUCACUAAUACAAUGUGCUUUGUUAUGCAAAAUACUUUUCUGUUUCUUGUAACUUGCCUGUGACUGUUACAUCUGUUAUGUGAUUUAAUGAAACAAUAAAUGUAAAAAUGAUAUACAA